ACCCCCCUCCUCCGCCUCGAACUCCGCGACCUCUCCAGCCCCGGCACCCACACCUUCCUGCGCCUCCUCCACGCCUCCGACGCCCUCUCCACCGCCGUCACCACCGUGCUAACCCACCUCUACACCUCCCUGCCCGCCACCAGCAUCCCACCCACGCGCUCCGUAACCCUCGUGCUACGCGACAUGGACGGCGUAGCCUACACCACCGGACUAGACCUAGAUUCCGACCACAAGGAAAUACACUUCAACACGUCGUACAUUGCGGGCAUCGACGCGGGGCGCGUGAAAGAAGAGAUGGUGGGGGUCCUGGUGCACGAGAUGGUGCAUUGUUGGCAGUGGGAUGGGCGGGGGGCGGCGCCGGGGGGUCUCGUGGAGGGGAUUGCGGAUUGGGUGCGGUUGAAGGCGGGUUAUGCGCCGCCGCAUUGGAAGAGGCAUGUGGAUUGUGAGUGGGAUGCUGGGUAUGAACGUACGGGGUAUUUUCUGGCGUGGCUAGAGGAGGCGCAUGGGAAGGAUGUUGUGAGGAGGAUUAAUGAGGGGUUGAGGGCGGAGAAGUAUGAUGAAGAGAGGUUGUGGAGCGAGUGUUGUGGGAAGGGGGUUAAGGAGUUGUGGGCGGAGUAUAAGAAAUGUUAUGAGGAGGAG